GGUCUUCUCAGGCCGCCGCUACACCAAAGAGUCUCCGCACAAAACAACAGCACGACAGAGUCCGGCUGCUUAUCCGCGUUUUUGCACAGGAUUGUGUCCUUCGUCUGAGAUAUUGUCUAGCUAACGUGGACUAACAUGAGACUCCGAUCAAGAACUAUUUCUCUGGAAAGUCCGUCUCCUCAACCGAGGACUCCGCGCAGACGGCGGACGAAUUCGAGCCAGGAAACUCGGGGAGAGCAGAGUCACUCACCCGAAGUGCAGGAGGUUCUAAAGAAUUGUUCCAAUUUAUAUAGUGAUAAAAUCCCAACUGCAGCAAAAAGGCUUCGCUUGAAACAUGGACGGAAAAGGGCUUUACCACCAGCAGAGAGUAAAGAAUCUGACUUUAAGACGCCAGUGCGUAAUCGCAGAGUGAGGCAUUCUACGUCUGUCAACCCUACUGCACGUAGCCUCUACUCGCCUGUAGUGCGUUUCAUCACUCCCACUAAAGACAAUGAGCGGACCAGAAAUGCUGUUGUGUUCAGUCCUGAACAGUGUGUAUUUGGCUACAGUGGCAUCAGCAGCAUUUUGGAAGAUGAGGAGAAUGAUGAAGUGUUUAGCCCAUUUACAUUUAUUAAAAACAUUCCAAACCAGUCACAGCAUUCCAGACCUGUCUCCGCACAUAUGGACAUUCCACCAAAGACAAGGAGCACACCCACAGCCACCAUGGUGCUAGAUUUGGAUGAAACACUUGUGUUUAGCUCUCUCAAUAUGAUUGAGGAUGUCGAGUACACAUUCACAACAUGCUUUCAAGGUCAAGAGUACAAGGUGUACGUCCUUCUCAGGCCACAUGUGAGGGAGUUUCUACAAGCCAUGGCAAAGCAUUUUGAGAUGUUUAUUUACACGUCUGCUAAAAAGGAAUAUGCAGAAAUGAUUGUGGACAUAUUGGACCCAAAGAAAAAAAUAUUCCGGCAUCGGUUGUACCAGGAUGACUGUGCAUGUGUUCUUGGGCACUAUAUUAAGGACUUGAGGGUGCUGGAAAGAGACCCGUCCAAAACUGUGAUUCUGGACAACGCACCUCACACUUUUCCCUACCACUUGAUGAACAUGAUUCCCAUAAAGAGCUGGAGUGGAGACAAAGACGACAAGGAGCUUCAGAGGCUCAUACCAUACCUUGAGAAACUGGUCCAAGCAGAUGAUUUCAGGACAGUGCUGAAGAGAAGGACAGAUCAUUUUCACAGGCUGCUCACUGAAGACUGAAAGGCCAAUUCCUCUUUCUAUGUAUAUAUUUUUAUGUUAAUAGUAGUAUAGAACUUGUGGAUGUAAUUUAUCUCUGUCAGUCUCUCCAUUCUCUAAACACUGAUCAUUUUGAAAAUCAUUUUUACUUUAUUUAAAUAAAAGGGAACAAUUCUAAGCAUCUUUUGUGCGCCUUAGCGUAAGGUUUUUGUUUUACACUUAAUUUAUUGUAAAACCUUAAUGAGAUUUGCUAUUUAUUCUUGCUGCUUCAUAAAUUAACACAUAUGCAUCAUGUUUACUAUUGUACAUAUUUUAAUUCUUACAUUUAAAUUGCUUUGCUGUGUUUGC